AUGGCAGGCCAAGGUACAGGUCCUUCUCGGCGAAGUCACACCAAGAGUCGCAAGGGAUGCAAAACUUGCAAACGAAGACAUAUUCGUUGCGAUGAGACAUUUCCGCAAUGUCGUAACUGCACGAAGCAUCAAGUUCGGUGCGACUAUAUGGACAGCGUAGAGUCCGACACUGAGGGUCAGCACAGUCCCGAGCAGCAGUCAUUACUUUUCUCGGAUGGCUCCGAUAGCCAAAUCGAACAUUGGGCGCAAACGGGCAUCUUUCCGUUUCCCAGUCUCCAAGUCUUCCCACCACCACAACCACAGGACUAUUCGAUGGUCGAGCUACGACUGAUAUACCAUCUGUGCACCAUCUCGAACGACCUCAAGCUCAAAGGAACUUCGGGUCUUACACUAUGGGCACAGAGGGUACCCAAGUUCCUCAGCAUUGCUUCAUCGUACCCCUACGUGAUGCAGGCAUUGCUCUCUUUCUCUGCGAAUCACCUCGCGUGGAGCCAGUCUUCGGAUGAAUUUCGAAAUCUACACAUCCACUACGGAACCAUUGCGCUGCGCGGUCUUCAUGAGGCGAUUGGAAACUUCUCUCACGUCAACGCCGAUGCGGUGUUGGCCGCGUCCCUGCUUCUGCUCUGGCAGGCUACUGAUUGGCAGAGCUGGUCGUCGUUGCGCGCUGGCAUUCGAUCUGUGCUGCUGACUAUGCACUUGUGGAAACACGAAUCGAUCUUCGCCGAAUACGUUGACGAGGACGACCUGUCAUCUGGUGCAUAUCCUCCGAGGAAGCUGUCGCAUUCGCAGAUAGACCGCCACGCCAUCCUCUCAACCGCCAUUCAUUCGUUACAACAACUGCAACACAUGAUCUCCACGCAUGAGGCCGAGGCAUAUUGGACCGGACAACUCUUAUCGUAUAUGCAACGGUUGCACGCUUCAACUCCGGCACAAAAUGCCGACGAGUCCUUCAGCCAUCUAUACCUGCUGAGGAAAUGGUUGUUCUGGAUCCCUUCUCUUCUGCUACAACGGCAAGGCGGACAGGGCCCUGCUAUGCUCACUCUUGCCCACUUCUAUGCCACCGCUCUGGCGUUGGAGCCGCUGUACCCAGAUCUGGGAGCAACAUUCUGCGCCAGAAUGUCACUUGCGCCGCUUGAAGCCAUCGUUCUACUCACCAAUGCCAUGCAAUCACAGUCAAUGGAUCAAACGUCCAUCGAGAUUGCUACGUUCAUGAACUACCCGCAGCACAUGGCCUCGCACUUUCGGAACAGCAUUGCGCAACAGCAAACAAACUUCAUCAAGCAAGAGUCACCACACCUGGCACGACUUACCGCGAACACCCUCGACUACACGAGCAUUGGCAAUAUGAGCCCGGCCUUCGCGCCCUUGGCCUUGCAUCAAUCCACAGGGACCAGCAGACCAACUCCCGUUGUGCCCUCAUCUUCGACAUCGUCAUCAUCAACAGCGUAUCUCGACAUUGGCGACUCUCAUUCAGGCUUCUCCCUCGGCACGCAAAAUUGGGGUGUCGCGCCGUCACCGGGGUUCCCGGCAUCGGAUUGGGCGGCGAACGUGGCGGCGACGACGACGCAAGCUCCGGCCAACGAGCAGCUCUACGACUACUCCAAUCUUGGCGGAUUUCGAGGCGGGUUCGUGGCGCAUACUCUGUGGACUUGAAGAGACCAAGAUCGGAAGCUAAAAUUUUGCCCGUGUCCAGGACUCCCGCGAACGAUUAUUACCAACAACAACAGCGACAAAAUGGGGCCGGUCCCUCGAAUUAUCAACGGCAGCAAGAUCCUUGAUUGAUGGAAACAUUUUGCAACGAUUGUGAUCACCUGGCCUG